AUGUGUGUGAAUUUGUUAUUUAUUGCAUUUUAUUGUAUUAUAAGACUUUUCUAUGAAUUGGAAUAAUAGGUAAUUUGGACGGUAAUACAUUAUACAUCAACAUAUGCAAUUUUCAUUAUCUUCAACCUCUAACUAUAGAAGGAGGACAAUUAGAAGGCUGCUUCAUAGCUAGUAGAAAUAUUUUCAAACACGGAUAGAUAUAGAUGGAAAGAAUCCAGUUGUUAGGAGAAUUUCUAGGAGAAUUACGCAAGACAUCUUUGUUUUAAUCAAAUUAGAGAAGGUGUAAUACUUUUUGAAUAGGGUUACGAAAAAUAACCAACAUUUAUAAAUAAAUCAGCGAAGAAAAUGUUUUAAUUUACGGAUGAAACACAACUUCAAUAAAUAUUUUAAAACUAUGUCAAAAUUGAUAAAAUGGAACCCAAAAGAUCAAUGUAGUCCAUAAAGAGUUUCGGAGUUGAUAGAUAGAAUUCAAUAUUCCAUUAACUGAGUGGGUCUCUAUCUUAACACUCAAGAUAACAAAGUGCAUAUAAGCCACAAUAGAGAGAAGUCUCAUUUUCUCAACUUCUUGAAAAAGCUUGGAAUAACCCCAAUAAGGAGAAGCAUUUAUUUUACUUACAAUAAUGCAAAUAGAGUUCUCAGGUAUUGCUUUUUGAUAUAUAUUUAGUCCCACUACUCCCCAAUAUUUGAAGUGAAUGUGUAUAUAAAUUCGUAAUUUAGAAGGAUUAUGACUUUGGUUUGUAGAGACUUGAGUUAUAAACAAUAUAUUUAAUAACUUCAAUGUCAUAGCAAUUACAAUUCCAAAAUGAUCUCAUUUGUCUCCCAUGAAUUUAGAGCACCUUUAGGCUGUAUGAUAACUAUGUUAGAAUAUGUUGCAAAAGACUUGAAUAAUGCAUAUAUAUAGGCAUCUAUUGAGAAUUCAAAGUACUUAUUAAACUUAUGCAACGAUCUCCUUGAUUUGGCUCAAAUUAAAGCUAACAAGUUUUAAUUAAAAAUAGAUAAGUUUAAUCUAAAGAAGUUAUGUUAGGAAUGCUUUCAAAUGUUCAAUCUUUAAGCUGAAAAAAAGAAUCUCAAAUUGAUUUUGCAAUAUUCAACUCAAUGUCCAAUUAUUAUAGAAUCUGAUUAAAGUAGAAUAAAGCAAAUUGUGAUUAAUCUGCUUGGAAAUGCUUUCAAAUUUACUCAAGAGGGUCAUAUCCUAAUAAAUAUUGAGUCUUUGUAAGAAAGUGUAAUUGAAAUAGCAAUAUAAGACACUGGAAUAGGAAUUUAAGAAUAGGAUAAAGAAAUCCUUAUGAUGGCCUUUGGUAAAAUCAAUUCAGAGGAGAGUAAAAAACUUAAUGCAUAAGGUGUUGGAUUAGGGUUGCUAAUUAGUAAUAAGAUUGCUUUAUUAUUGGGAAAUGGAUUGAAAUUUGAAUCAACUUACCACAAAGGCUCAAACUUUUCAUUUACCAUUAAUUUACCAGAAAGAGACAGCUUUUAAUCUGACAUUUUAAAAUAAUUGUGUAAUAAAUAGUCAGUUUUGAAGGAUAGUGAAUUUUUAGAAAAUUUAAAUGAAGUCGAAGAAAGUUCAAAAGAAAUAUAAAUCGUUAUAAGUCAGCCAAAAAAAUCAUUAGUAUAAGUAGUUGAAUGUUGCACUAAAAUUCUAAUUGUCGACGAUACUCAAUUCAAUAUUGAUACUUUAUAGAUUUUGCUAUCAAAAAUGUAUUUUAUAUAAUAUUAUUUAGAGGCAUUCAUUAAGUUGAUUAUUCGAUAAAUGGAUAUAAGGCAAUUGAAAAAAUAAAAUAGAAAGAAAAAUGCUCUAGAUGUGAAAGUAGAAUGUAUAGAUUGAUAUUCAUGGAUUUGGAAAUGCUGGGAAUCAAUGGUAUUAAUGCUUCCAAAUUAAUAUUUGCAUAUUGCGAAGAAAAUUGCAUAUAAUUACCAAUAAUAGUUGCUUGCUCUGGACAUUAAAAAGAGAUUGAAUUUCCGAAAUGUCAACAAAUUGGAAUGAAAUUUUAUUUGGAGAAACCUGUGUAAUUAAAAGCAUUAUAAGGUAUUAUCGACCAUUAUCGAAAUUCACUUUGA